UUUGAAGUUAGGGAUUAACUAGCCUCCACCAGUGCUCAUGGCAGAAGAGUAGAGAGCUGUGAUUCAAACUGGUCGGUGUGCCGUUCUGCACUAUGUGGAGGCUCUGUACUCUGUGUGUGUUGGUGGCUGCCUGCUCUGUGCACCAUGGACACGGGGCUUCAGUAUUUUACAGCAGCAAAGAUGCAAACCAAAUCCUGAAAAUCCAGAAGCGGGCAAACUCUUUUCUGGAGGAGCUCAAGCCAGGCUCUGUGGAGCGAGAAUGUAAUGAGGAGCAGUGUGACUUGGAGGAGGCCCAUGAGAUAUUUGAAACCAGGGAAGCAACUCUAAACUUUUGGACUAAGUAUGUUGAUGGAGAUCAGUGUUUAUCCAAUCCUUGUUUCAAUGGGACCUGUCUGGACAAUAUUGGACGAUUUAACUGUAUUUGUAACCAAGGCUGGGAGGGACGCCUGUGCCAACAUGAGGCUAACUACACCAACUGCUCCACUUACAAUGGGGGAUGUGAACAUUUCUGUCAUGAGGAUCCGAAGCAGAGCCAGCGCCGCUAUUGCAGCUGUGCCUCAGGGUAUCAGCUGAUGGACGACCAUUCCAAGUGCGAGCCCGUUGUGGAGUUCCCCUGCGGAAGGGUGAAGGCAGAUCGCAUGGAGCUCAAACCAGGUGUCCAAAUUCGACUCAUUGCAGGGAAAAUGGGGAAAAAAGGAGACAGCCCCUGGCAGACCAUGCUGCUAGAUGGCAGGGGAAAGUUUAAGUGCGGAGGUGUUCUCAUCCAUCCCUCCUGGGUUCUAACGGCAGCACACUGCGUUGAGGAGAAAGGGAGGUUCAAAGUAAGACUUGGGAAAUACCACCGUCUGCGGCAUGAGGAAACGGAGGAAACCAUUGUGGUUGACAAGCUAGUGAGCCAUGAAAACUACAGCAAGGAGACCUCCGAUAAUGACAUAGCCAUGCUGCAUCUGGCUCAGCCCAUGAUUUUCAACAAAUUCGUGCUCCCUGUUUGCCUUCCCACCAAGAAACUGGCAGAGCAGGAGCUGACAGCGAAUGGGAAGCAGAUGGUGGUGACUGGCUGGGGGAGCAAAAGUGGUGACUCCUCGAAUUACUCUGUUGUUCUGAGUUACAUCGAAAUCCCCAUGGUCCCACAGAGUGAGUGUGCCCAAGCCAUGAGGCAUGACAUCUCUGAGAACAUGCUGUGUGCAGGGAUUAUUGGAGACAAGCAGGAUGCCUGUGGUGGGGACAGUGGAGGCCCCAUGAUCACUAAGUUCAAGAACACUUGGUUCCUAGUGGGACUGGUGAGCUGGGGAGAAGGUUGUGGGAAACUGGAGAAGUUUGGAGUCUACACCAAAGUCAGCCAAUACCUGGAGUGGAUCCACCAGCAAAUUAAAACAAUGGACGUCUCAUCUAAGGGCUGAUUCUCAUUAAGAGGAAUUGGGACCACUGUGGCCAUAUGCUAGUGACAAUACACAGUACAAUGUGCUGUCAUGUCUUCUGGUAUUAAAGCUAGAGUAUAUAAAGCAAGA